GCCGUCGUCGUCGUCGAGAGAGAGACGUCGGCCCGUCUCGCGCCUCCUCUCGCGUUCUCAGUUCUCCGACCGAACACGACGGCAAAACUCGCGAAACUCGCGACACACGGAUAAGCCCCGAGCGAGAGAAAGAUUCGCGACGCGUCCUCGGGCUCGCGACGUUGUCAUCGGCCGUUCGAAUCAGCCUUCGAGACGCCCCUCGUGCGCCCGCGACGACGACACGGGGUAGAGGGAGGUUACGAGCACGCGGCGGAGCAACAGUGUUCGGCGACCUUCCUCUGGAGUGCGCCGGCUGGAGACGGCACAGGAGGCAACCAGGUGUCUCCACCGACGACGAUAACUAACCCGAGAGGGUCGAGGAGUUCGCGGGGUCAGCGAGAGGGCAUCGUCGUGCGUAUCUCUGCCGAUUCGGUUUGUCGGCCUGGGAAGGCGUGGUGGGUCGUUCGCGUGCGUACGUGCAUAUACGUGCUUACGAUAGCACCGAGAUAAGCGCGAAACCACGUAAAGAAUGGGACUGAUAGUGAAGUCAUCCGCGAGACGUGCUGGUGAAUCGGAGUAUCGGUAGGAUAGUUUUGUGAAAAAUACGGACGAGAUUGCACAGAAGAAAGGGCGAAGUAGUGUGGUUCACUUCUUCGAAUUAUUAUGUGUCAUCCGAAAACCUUCGCCGAUUUCCCGGUAGAGCUCUUUAUCACGGUUUGAUCCACAGACGCGCGCUACAUCGUCGACUCGCGACCAGCGUCGCAUGCGGCGGCUCUCACGGGGUUCGGCGUGGCCGUAUGAGCCGAGGGGGGUCCUGGGAGGAUCCGCGACGACGGUGGUCGGGCAUGGUCGCGGAGGAUGAGGAAGAAGUACAAAAAUAGCUGUUCCCGUGGUUGAGCGGAGAUGCACAGCUGACCAUCAGACAGAGCGCCAGAGAGAGAGAGAGAGAGAGAGAGCGAAAAAAAGAGAGAACGAGAGAAGGGGGUCAGAAGAGAGGUAGCGAGGGCGAGAAAUACAGGUAGUCGGACAUUCGAUUAGCGUCGACGAGCGUAGCGACUCGCGUUAGAACGACCAGCAGAGGAAUCGAUCCGAUCGCGGCAUUCCACGUAAACUCGACUGCAAACACACCACGUGCCUUCCCCGUCGUAACCGUGGACAUCGCCCGUCUACCUCGGACAUCGCGACGCCCUUGACUCAUCCGCGCGACAUCGAGCAGCGCUCGAGCGAUCGAACAAUCCCGGAGGAGGCUUCGUCCGACGACGUCGUGGAAAUGUCCGAGCCAUGCGCUUCUCUCAGACGUCCAGUACAAUCCGCGAUCUCGCUCGUCGCCAAGUUUGACUUCGAUUCCAUGAGGUCGAACUACAUCCGCGGAGUUGCGUCCGUGAGCAGGAACUCCUUGAGGAUUGAAAUCUCGAGGCCGGUGACCCGCAUCGUCGGCGGCCGCGGAACAUCCCGAAGCUGUCGCGCUGCUAGUACCUUCCGGCUGCAUUAGGUCAUCUGCCUCGUGAUACCGAGUAUCUGUCGCUCCAGCCGACGAUAAUGAAAUAUUGUUGGCGAGGCAUGACGAAUCGCGGCGUGGACGGACGUCGGAGAGUGACGAAGUCAACGUUAUCGUAGCUGCUGAGUCGCCGACAACGCGUGACACAGAACGAAGUUCCACGGCCUUAGCCGGGAAGUCGCGAAGUCCUGGAAGUCACCGGCCAAACGGCGCAUCCUCCGUUAUAAAUAGGUACUUUUCUCGCGUGAAUCGCGUCUCUUGAAACACACACACGUGCGCCCGCGCGCGAAAGAGAGAGACGCACAUUGGAAGUGGCAAACGCGUAGCACGUGCGACACGUAUGUCGGCCGUUCGCUCGACCUUCUCCGCGUCCUUGGAUCGACGGAAGGUGGAAUCGUGACGGUCCGCGCCGACCUUAGAUGUAUACCUAGAUAAACGAGAACUCGGGUCCAAAAGUCGGCGAAUAAGAGACACAUUGAGCCGUCUCUCCUCAACGUGGCGAAACGCGAACACAUACGGACGGUCUAUUCGGAACAUCGAAGCCGAGCUGAGAAUUCCGCGACGGAAAAACAACUAUCGCGUCUCUACCGGUGUUCCCUCGGUGACGCGGAUGAACAAGCCACCCGAUCGCACGUCUCUCUCGCACGUGACCGAAAGAACCAGCUGGAUGUGGAUUCUUCUCGCUUAACAAGGCUUCGCAUCAUUUUUUCUUACUCCGAGAAGGAAGCGGACGAGAGGAUCACCGCAUACGAAGAUCCCGCUCGUUCUCCGACCGCAGCAACGAAUCUCUCUCCUCCUUCUCCGCGAAGUCAAGUCGUUACGUUACUCUGUCUUACAUACGGCUGAUCAUUAUGCUCAACUCGUGCUGUGCUUUUUUCUACCGUGCUCGUGCGUAUGCCGCGAGUGUUUUCCUAGUGCUUUAGUGUGUUACACGCGAUACAGGGGCCCGGUGUGUGCCCACGGUCGACACGCGAAAGUCUCGGCUACCCAGGUACCUGGGAAUCCUCCUGAGAUGCCUGUUAGACGAGGUCAUGUGGCGCCCAGAACUACGAUCAUCGAGACCAUCAUCAGGAAGUUCGAUACGCACGAUCGGAGCUUUUUAGUGGCGAACGCGCAACAGGGACUAUGCCACAUUAUCUAUUGCUCGGACGGUUUCUGCCGGCUGACGGGCUUCUCAAGGGCAGAAGUGAUGCAGAGGCCGGCAGUCUGCGACUUCCUCCAUGGACCAAUGACGUCGCCGCACGCGGUUGCGGCCCUACGAGACGCCCUCUCCGCCGGCGUCGAAAAGCACUUCGAGAUCCUCUACUACAGGAAAGAUGGAACCAAGUUCCUCUGCAGCGAGGUGAUAGCACUAAUAAGGAGCGAGGUGGACGACAUUUGCCUGCAAAUCAUAAACUUCGAGGACCUGAGCUCGCAACCGCCUCCGCAGCCCGCGAUACCGCCGCCGAGUCAGGCCAACAACAGACUCGCGACACGCUUCGACAGGGCAAGGGCGUCCUUCCGGGCUGGUCUGUCGAGAACCGGUGUCGUUGGUCCACCGAGGGUCAGGAACCGACCGCGCACGGCGGCUAAUUUACCUCAUCGACUUGCUGACGGGACCAUCCUCGACGAGGACGCCUCUGAAAACUGCCCGUUAACAUGUGGCUCGCCCACAAUGAUGGAAUCUUGGGGUCCUGGGAGGACGGGCACACCCCCGCCGUCGUCGGUCGGGAACAGCAACAACGCUGCCGCAACGACGUCGGUGAUCACCUCGAGCGUCGCGCAGCCCGGCACCACCGCUCCCAUUGCCAGUCCCGAGGGAGUAAGCGACGUCUCGCAAAAGUCGGGAAUCUGGGAUGGCCCGAACUCCUCGUCGGGCGGUGCCGCGGAAGGUCCCUCGCGGAGCGUGUCUCACGCGGCGAGCCUCGACGCAAUCUCGAGGAGAGCCGUGAAGCCGGAAACGGCGAGAGCGCCGUGCCGCAGUCUCACCUGCAGCGUCUUAGCGGGCCGAGGGAGCGAACACGUCACCCUCGAGCGACGACCAGCGACAGUCGAUAAUCUCACCGAAGCAGCGAAACAUUCGAAAAUCUUUCCUGGCGUCGCUUCUGAAAGCGACUUGCAGAAAUGGCGGGCGUCCAAGGACCGAAAGUCGCCAUCUCUGAGUCAGAUGGGACCGGACUCCAUCAAACACAAAUUUUCCUUACAAGACAAUGGAUCCGCGAAGUAUUUUCAAGGAGCGAUGCACACACCGAACAUGGGAGAGAAAGUCGCUCAGGUACUGUCCCUCGGAGCAGACGUCCUCCCAGAGUACAAAUUACAAUCUCCCAGAAUCCACAAGUGGACCAUACUACACUACUCACCGUUCAAGGCGGUCUGGGACUGGGUGAUAUUGAUACUCGUGAUGUACACCGCCAUAUUCACGCCGUACGUCGCCGCCUUCGUUCUGUCGGAUCCGGAUUACAAUAGCAGGAAGAACAAGAAGUACAGUGACGAUCCCAUCGUCAUUAUAGACUUCAUAGUCGAUGUCACCUUCAUAAUCGACAUCAUCAUCAAUUUUCGCACGACCUUCGUCAAUAGCAACGAUGAGGUGGUGUCCCAUCCUGGAAAGAUAGCCGUCCAUUACCUGAAGGGUUGGUUCGUAAUCGACCUGGUAGCCGCUAUUCCCUUCGACCUUCUACUCGUCGGUUCGGACACUGACGAGCUCGGCUUGGACAAGGACGAGACGACAACCCUGAUCGGACUCUUAAAGACGGCCCGUCUCCUACGCCUCGUCAGGGUGGCCAGGAAAAUCGACCGAUACAGCGAGUACGGCGCCGCGGUUUUGUUACUGUUAAUGGCCACCUUCGCUCUUAUUGCUCAUUGGAUGGCAUGUGUAUGGUACGCUAUAGGAAACGCCGAGAGACCGACACUGAAGAACAAGGUUGGUUGGCUGGACAUUCUGGCCAACGAUACGCAUCAGUUUUAUUUUCACAAUAAUACCGGUGGGCCGAGCAUAAAAAGCCGCUACAUCACAGCGCUUUACUUCACCUUCAGCAGUCUGACGUCCGUAGGCUUUGGGAACGUGGCGCCCAAUACCGACGCAGAGAAGAUUUUCACAAUAGUCGUCAUGUUGAUCGGAUCUCUAAUGUACGCCAGCAUCUUCGGUAACGUUUCGGCGAUCAUCCAGAGGCUAUACAGCGGCACAGCCCGAUAUCACACGCAGAUGCUCAGAGUCAGGGAGUUCAUAAGGUUUCAUCAAAUCCCGAAUCCGCUCCGCCAACGAUUGGAGGAAUACUUUCAACACGCGUGGACGUAUACGAACGGAAUCGAUAUGAAUAGUGUCCUCAAAGGGUUCCCCGAGUGCCUUCAGGCCGACAUCUGUCUUCAUCUCAAUAGGAAUCUUUUAAACAAUUGCAGAGCCUUCGAGGGGGCUAGUCCAGGCUGUUUAAGGGCAUUAUCCUUAAAGUUUAAGACGACGCACGCGCCACCGGGUGAUACUUUAGUCCAUCGCGGGGACGUGCUGACCUCUCUGUAUUUUAUAUCCCGCGGAAGUAUCGAGAUCCUGAAAGACGACAUCGUGAUGGCCAUUCUAGGCAAGGACGACAUAUUCGGCGAGAAUCCGUGCAUUCAUUCGACAGUCGGAAAAUCGUCCUGUAAUGUACGCGCGCUGAUCUAUUGCGAUCUCCACAAGAUCCACAGGGACGAUCUGCUCGACGUUUUGGCGCUUUAUCCUGAAUUCUCCAAUCACUUCAGCCGGAAUCUCGAGAUCACCUUCAACAUGCGAGACGAAGAGCAGGCUGGUGUCGAUCCAAUGUCGGCAAGGUUUCCUGUCAGCACUCCGACGGACGUCGAAGUCGACGCCAGGAGGUACGCUUUCCGUCCACCAAGAUACCGUCGAGGACCCGGUGGUCCUGGCACAAAUCUUAUUCCCACAGGUCGACAAGAUUCCUUGCAAGACGACCAAGACGACUACGAUAAAGGCAGCGGCCACGGCAUCUUAGAGUUCAGCACAGACAAAGCCGGUCAGGAUGUGACGCCGUUGAAUCUCGAAUUCGACGAGCCUAAGCAGCGAAGCUCGACCUUAAACUCAAUAACCGGCAUGCUAACCCAUCUCAAGCGCAGUAUCCCGGAUCUACGUCAGCACAAGAUUCACCUGCAGCCGCUCACCAGCCACGAUUAUCUCGCCAAGCAAAUGACCACGCCGCUGACGAAACCGGCGCGCCGGAGUUCCGCCGCUGGCGAGAGUUGCCUCAGUCAAAACGUGGUCCAUCCCACUUCGACAACGUCGAGCCACUACACCACACCAUCGCCCCCGCAGCAUCCUCAUUCCCAUGGCGACUUUCAGAGCGGUCCAGGCCGGCCGGUGGAGGAUAUCAACGCGCGGAUCGACCAGCUGUCGCGGCAAGUGACCUCGUUGGAGCACUCGAUGACCGGCGAGAUCAGGUUGAUCCUGAGUCUGCUCCAGCAGACGCUGAACUCGUCGAGGGAGAGCUCCAGCGUCGAGAUGAUGCCUGGCACCGCGAAGCAGCCCGCCGGCAGCAGGGCGCCGGCGUUGGUGCAGAGGUCGGCGAGCGAGCCGCAGCCUCCGACCGUGCCGGUCAGCAACGGGAAGAUCCAGCCUAGCACGUCGCACGGCUUGUUCAGUAGACCCACCACGCGGGAACCGACUUCCACGUCGUCCGGGACGUCCCGGCUGACCGUGACAUCGGACACGUCCGCGUUGGCGACGGCGUUGCAGACGGCGUUGAACGGCAAAACUGGACCCACGAGGUCGCAGAGCCAACCAGUCGACCUGGCGGUGCCGACCAGCGUGCAGCCUCACCACGCCUGGCACAGUCAACCCGCCGCUUUCAGGAGGGGCGAAUAUAGGAGUGGCGUCCCUUGCGACAGAUACAGCUCGUUCAACAAACGAUCGGAGCCAGAGGGCGAGGACCCUUGGAGCUGCGUGGUCUCAAUCUCAGCGGAUCGCGCCGCCUCGCAGCGUCCGCGCAGCGGCGACUCGCGCAAGGAUUCCACGAACCAUCGUGGCGGUAAUGGCGAGUCAGGCCAACAGGCCAGAGCAAUCGACAGGCAGGAAGGCGGCGGGGGGCAGCAGGCGAGCGGAAUCCGGCAGGAGUCCUCGAGGCAGACCAGCGAGGAUAUGUCGUGGGAGUACACGAUAAACGAGGCGCCGAUCGCCAGACUCGAGUCGCUGGACGAGCUCGAUCAGGAUCACGGCAGUUAAGGGGAGACGCGCACGCGAAGUCGCCCUGUUUGUCAGUUCGCGAGGCGCCGACGUCGCCGUGAGAAGGGAGGCUCAUCCCGACGAGCGGGAACGCGAACGGUCGGGGAGCGACCGAUGCCGUUUGGUCCCUUCGAUUCUUAGGGAAGUCUCGUGACCACGUGGCAUCGCUUUUCCCGGUCGGGUCGUUGCGACGUACAUCUCGAGUUCGGUCGUGCCGCGAACGACGUGAGCGACGAUGCGCCUGCGGGUCGGCUAUGGAGCGUGCGUAAGGUGUACGUUGAAGGGAGCAUGCAGGUCGGAAGGUAGGAGUCCUCUCGCCAACUGGCUCUCACGGCCUCUCUCCCUCUCUCUGCGCGAGAGAGCGACUCGAUAAGGAGAAGCAAACGCCGCGGUGAACUGAGGGAGAGUGAAAGCUCUCUCUGCACAUCGAAAUAAUUUUUUUAAUUUUUUAUUCAAAUUAUAUAUAUAUAUAGAGUGUAAAGAAAUUUAUUUAAGGUGUAAUGUAAUUCCAGAUGUGAGGAUUAUAAAGGCUUUCCGCGCAUUACAGAUGUUUCGAGAAAUUAUCCUUGUAAUAAGGUGUCAAGAAUAAAUAUUGCAAAAGAAAUCUCGAUCGGUGAAGUUACGCGAAAUUCGGCAGUUCUCGAGAGACGUGGAUUCAAGCGCGACACUUAUGCUUCCUUCAAUCGUACACGCUUCGAGAAGUCGACGUGUCGAAACACGUGGAUCUCUUUUUGUACUCGAGACGGUCGUAUGCUCGUCGCCGCGCGUUCACCGCCGGACGACGACGAGGAUACCGGCCGCAGUAAACGUCAUCUACGAAGUGUACCGAUUAUUUAUUUGCAAAGUACGGCCGCCGUGUCUCGUUUCAGCUCCGCUAACAUUCGAGUUGCGCGCGUCACGUGGAAGCCGGAGAAGUCGAGUCGCGCGAAUUCGAAGUCGGACGGACGUGCAACGGUCGCGCUCAUCCUCUCUCUUCGGGGUUCCCCUGGCAAGUCGUUCGAGUAAUUCGACGUUCGUUUCUUCAAGUCGAUUUUUUACGCGCCGAAGAGAAGCAAACGAAAGAAGUAUACCGCAUCGCCAAUUAGACGCCAAUUAUUUUACUCACAAGAGUCGCAAGUAAUUAUUUAUGUAUAUUUACACGUUGACACGUUAUCGUAAGAUGGGGGGGGGGGGGACGUUUCAACGAAGACUAGGAGAAACGCCUGAAAGUAAAGGUGCAGACACAAUGAGAGGAAUAAGAAACGAGGAAUUAAAUAUAGGGAGUUAGGAAGGAUAAUUAAGUUUCAACAUAUGAACAGCCAUGUUUCAAUCCACAAUGAAGAAAUAGAGAACUAGGAUUAGGAACACUGUCGAAAUUCUAUUCCUUAUAACUUGUGUAUUUAUGGGCUUAGUAGUUGACUGAAAGUUAAUCCCCAAAAUGUCUAGUGGCCAUCAAUAUACAAAUGAUAAUCAGUUUGAAUCAAUCGAUAAUUAUAAAGAAAAUGAUAAUAGUGUUACUAAUGACGGUAGAGAUUCGUUAGAAAAUAGUUAAAAUAAUGAUCUCGUUUUAAAACGUUCUAUUUCAUUCUCUACAUUCUCUUAUUGUGUUUUGAUUUAUAGUUUAUUCCUAAUAUCUUAUUCCUAAUUCCUAGAUUUAGUCCCUUGUUCUUUAUUACUUUCAUUGUGUCCAAGUCCUAAGGAUGACACACGUCGCGGAGAUCUUAAUGGGGAAGAGAUCGUGGAGAAUCGAGGACGAAAUAGCGAGCGAAAUCGCGAAAGACCUGCGUCUUGCGCGCGAGAUCAGCAGGAGAUAGUCGAGAGGAGGCAAAUAUUUAACUUGUUAGAUGUUCAUGACAUCUGAGUGUUCGUACGGUAAAUACGACAAACACGAGAAAAGUACGCCACAUUUGAACGUUGGAAUUUUCUGAUUUAUGUCUAGGCAACAAAUCUUUGGCUCGUUUGCCUCGAAGGGUUCGCUUUUUCCGGUCAGGAGCUUCGCGCGGAGCGAAUAUGUCUUUCUUCAUAGACACAGUUUUCAUUUUCUAACGAGUUAACGAGACGACUGAGAGAGCACCUUCUCCUUUUCUCAUUCUUGCUUGUAGGUGACGUUAAAGCGACGGUUAAAAUAUAAACGGUACUUGAAACAAGUUCUUGCGGCGCCGAAACGGUAUUGUCGCAGUAGAACUUAAGUCGGAACACAUCGGAGAUGUACUGAGAAAAAGAAAUUGAAAUUUUGCGAAGCAAAUGUUUCUCGUGACAUUUUCUUCGAUAUUUAUUGUUUGGAAA